GUUGUGGUGCUCGUAGGUGCGUAUGCGCAUGCACCGGAGGAGUGAAAAUGGCGGCAGCCAACUACUCAGUCACUGGGUCAGAACUGUGUUCUCCUGGAUCAGCAAUCGCGCACCCGUCCUUUGUCUUCGGCUUCCGUCCACUCCCCACUUUCACACAGUCUGAGACCAACCCCCAGGCAGAACCUCCCUCAUGAGUUUUGUCUCCGACGCGGCUGUUUUUCCUGACCCCUUACUUCUGAGGGACUGCGGCUUUGACCCUUUCCGCCCCUCUGUGGAGUGUCUCACCGAGCAAUGGCUGUGUGCUGGCUGCACCCAGGGACGUUUGCGGUCCGUGCUGCUGCCGAUGUCCAGAGACUGCGGCCGGGUGCCAGCCCGACCCAGAAAAAGUUCGCGAGACAGUGUAGCAGCAGCGUUUCGGGGAUUAUGGAAAAUCACAACGCACAUCUGGCAUCAGGCUUCACCCACAACGACCCUGUUCCAGCACCAGCGAAUGUGGUUGUUCUCUGGGGUCUGCUGGGGUCUCUGUGACUGUGGGCAGCCACAGUCUCCGCCAGAUGUCCUCCCAGCAAGGGAACCGCCUGUCCCGUGUGGCCCGAGGACCGCCCGGACCCCACUCUGCUCCUGGGGAUUCGCCCUUCCCACCAGAGCACCGCCAGCUUCAAGUGUUUGGAAGACGACGCCUCUUGUCUCAGAGAUGGAUUGGUGUUGGAAAGCAUGUCACACUGCCAGCUGAAGGAAAGUUUGCCGAAUUACUCCCUUACAAUGGCAGAGAGGUCACAUGGAUCCAGCAACUCCCCAGGAGGCCAAGAAAAGAGCAGGAGAGAGAUCCUGAGGUCCACCAAGAGGGCAUGGGCUCGCCUAGAUCAGCAGCUGCCACCUGGCUCUGAGGAGGAAAGCCAGGGUCUCACCAUCCCCCUGCUGGAAGAUACCAAACAAGCAAGUAUUCAGCAGUGGCUGGACUCUGGAUUCUUGGUCUCUGUAAAUGAAAACUUUCAGCAAGACAUCGGCCACACUGUUUCUGUGCGUGAACAAGGGAUGGUGUGCAUGACCGUGACGGGCUACAUGAGAUCUCUGCAUCCGUUUUCAGAAACUCCCACCCUUUCUAGAGGGACCAGUUUCAACUCUUGCCAUUCUACUGCAAGUAUACCACAAAGCAUUCCUGAAUGGCUGGAAUUUUGGGAAAAAGAUCCAGUGGAGAUUCUCUUGGAUCUGGGGUUUGGUGCAGAUGAGCCAGACAUCUGCACUCAAAUCCCAGCCAGAUUUCUGGAUUGUGGCUCAGCAGCCAGAGGAAUCAACAACCAGGUUUUUCUUGAAGCUCAGAAGCAGCGAAUGGACAUUGAGAACCCGGACUUGUAUGGUCGUUUCCGACAACUAGAGAUCCUGGACCAUGUAGCCAAUGCCUUCUCAUCUUUGCUGAAUGAUGUUAACAUCCUGCAGAAUAAAGCUGAAGAGAAAUAUGGAGGGGGAAAUGUGCAAGGAACCUCAGUGAGUGAGGCCCAAGAACAUCGAAGAAGAACGGGUGGACUUUUUAGGAGAGCUUCAAAGCAGAGUAUUGCGAAGGACUGCAGCUCAGAAGUGUCAGAGUCAUUGAAGAUAAGGGGCAAAUUUUCCAUUGCCUCUGCAAAAUCAGGAGAAUAUGGAGCAGAAUUAGCAGCUGUGACAAACAACCAUGACCAAAGUCAUUUGUGUCCUUCAGCAGAACACUCGUCUCUCCAAGCCUGUGAUGACUUGGUACCUUGUCACUCUCCCCAAGCUCUUCUGGGCAAGCAAUGGCCUCACCCAUCCACGCUGGCCAAGAGGGCUCCUCCUUCCUAUACGUCUGAGCGGUCAGUCAAGGACAGAACUCAGAAGGUGAACUCGAUCCAAGCUAACAAGCUCAAGAGCUUCUAUCGUCUUGCAGGCAAAGUACCAGACUCCUUUGAAAUGGAAGAGGUCCAGAGCUUUGAGGAAGAGACGGGUAAUCCUCUUGACAUGACUUCAGGAAUUGCAGGUGCCACAGUGAACAGAGAAAACAGCUGCCAGUCUGACAGCAGCGGGUUCCUGGAUGAACCACCAGAACCACUGCCCCUGCAGAUGCCUUCCUUGCCAAGCAGCCAGAGUCCUGCUGAGGAUGGAUGUAGACAGCCGAGGGAUCAGAGCCAGCAUGCAGUCUCACCCCAGAGCUGCCAACCAGAGUCAGAUGAGUCUGAUUACAAAGGUAUGGUGAGCACAUCCUUUCCAUAUCAAGGCUGGAGUCUCUUGGAAGAAAAGGCCUCGAUACAAAUGGCGGAGAAAGAGUCUCAGUUUGAGGACAUGGAGGAGCCACCACGGCCACUGACUCCGGACAGUGCCCUUCACAGGACCACCAGAAGGGGAGAGCCCUCGGGGAAAGGGAGCCAUGUGAGGCAGCGCCCACCCAUGCCCCCAACUGCAUGUGAGACUGUGGUGGGCACAGUCACCUCCACACGUGAUUGUCCUCUGGGGUUUAUGGCGACCCAUAUCGCAAAAAUGAAGGACGGGUUGCUGAAGCCUGAGGGGCCUGGGGAAACACAUGUGCAAAGCCACUGCUGCGAGUUCCAAAGAUCACCUGGAAUGGAACCUGCUCACAACAAGUUCCUCCAUGUUGACUCUGAGGCCCCAACCGAAGAAGAAGGCAGUAAAACUUAUUCUGACACCAACAGUAUCUUACCAAUGGGAGAAAGUCCACCACAGCACGUCCCCAAGCCCAGUAACGUCGUGCCCUAUACAGCUGACCUCAUUCAAAUAUCCGAAAAGUCCAUUCCCCACCUAGGCAAACUGGCUGGAGAUACUCCCCAAGCAAAGCCAACGUUUAGUGCUUUGGGUCAAAUACCACCUAGAGCAGAAUCUGAGAUGGAAAACCUUCCUCCAAAUGCUGACUCAAACACUGUUAGCUCCAAGGCUGUGAUGGUCCAGAUGUCCUCCAAUCUGGCAUCGGCUGCUCAGAAUGCUGUGGCUCUGGGGACUGAUUCUAAAGGAACAACUUUAGAAUGCACUCUGUGUGACCCUGUCCCCACAACAGAACCAGGACUGGAGACAGAAUCAAGACAGUGCAGUGAUGUUUCCAUUCAGACCUAUAUAUGUGAGCCUAGGCCCUGGCAUUGCUGUUCGGCCCCAAGUCUCACCAAAUCUGCCUCUCUAGACACAGGCUUCCCUCGUAUCUACCCAGCGGGCAUCAGCCAUGCCGUACCCGCUCACUGCUGUGUCUGCUGUCAUCACUGUUCACACUGCCACUCAGAGAGGCAGAGCCCCAACCCUGCACCCUCAGCCUAUAGGGACUGCCCAUGCUUCCAUAAUCAUCUGGAGGCCCAGUUCAUGAAGACUUUGAACAUCCUUCAGGACACUACAGUGAGGGAGUUGUGUUCUUGCACAGUCAAGGAGAUGGAAGCCAUGAAGACGGUGUGCCAGUGUUUCCGGGAGCAUUUAGAGGAAAUUGAACGGCGCCUUACAGGACAGCAGGCACUCUUUUACAGGGACAUGUCAGAGGAGGAAAGGGAAGAGGCAGAGCAACUGCAGACUCUACGCCAGGCCCUGCGGCAGCAGGUGGAGGAGCUGGAGUUUCAGUUAGGAGACCGGGCUCGGCAAAUCAAAGACGAGAUUCUAUUGCAGUUUGAGCUUCUCACAGAGGAACAAUGGAAACACUAUACAAAUCUGCAUCACUGUAACUGGACAGAAGAAAAGAAUGGCCAGACUUCGUGUGCUAAAAUCCACUCAGCCAUGGCCUCCCGGGUUGCCUUUCUUCUGGACGAAUACCAGCAGGUUCCCGGCUCAAGCGUGACCCAUACGGCUGCCUGUUCUCCACCCACCUGGAAGAGCAACACCAGGAUGACUCCUCCAGCUCAGGCUGAGUCAGGUCCAGUCCCUUUGUCAAAUUGUCCUAUUGGAGGAAAGGAUACAAAUGACUUCCUCUAGAUCAGAGCCGUUUUGAUGAUCUUCCUGCAAAACAUAAGAGCACAUUCUCACCAGACAAGGAAAUCUAAAUUUCCCCCCAAAAGGUGUCUAUCAAUUCUUCUUCAGCUAUUUUUGAAAACAUUCUAUUCUGGGGGGCAGCUGGGGGGCUCAGUCGGUUAAGUGUCUGACUUUGGCUCAGGUCAUGAUCUUGGGGUUCAUG